GUGUUUUAUUCCGCCAUUCAAACUUCAGUUGAGACGAAUUCGAUUUGCUUCGUUCCGUUUUUGCGUGUACUAUAAGUGUUAACUUUACAUAUAAGUGAAUUAUUUGGAAAAAGUAUAAAAUUUUGAUAUCAUUUAACAACAUUUUUUUUGAGUUAACUAAUAAAAUAAAUAAUUAACAAAAUGUCUGAUGAGAAAAAGGGAACAGAAUCAGAGCACAUCAAUUUGAAAGUAUUAGGACAGGAUAAUGCGGUCGUUCAAUUCAAAAUUAAGAAACACACUCCCCUAAGAAAAUUAAUGAAUGCAUACUGCGAUAGAGCGGGUAUUUCAAUGCAAGUGGUGCGAUUCCGUUUUGAUGGGCAACCAAUAAAUGAAAAUGAUACACCUACAUCAUUGGAAAUGGAAGAAGGCGAUACAAUUGAAGUGUACCAGCCACAAACAGGAGGGUAUUUUUAAGAAUUAUUAAAAAAAUUGAAAAAUUAAUACAAAAAAAAAGAAAAAAAAACUUCACCAUUAAUAUUAAGAAUUUCCUUAUAAAAUAAUUUCCUUAAAAUACAAAAAACAAAUUAACGAAAAAUGAAAAACUUAAAUUUUUUUUGAUUAAAGCUACUCUUAGUGUGAACAAAAUCAAAACACUCACUCAAAUGCAUAUUUUGAUUUCUUUUGUGUAAUAAAUAAAUAUUCUGACAUGAGUAAUAAAAUUAACGUAGAAAAUAAAAAUACAAUAUCGCAAAAUUAUUGUAAAAUUACUAAAUGUAACUAAAUAUAAAUUGAUGGUCUACAACUAUAACCGACUAUUCUCAUUUAACAAAAAUCUGAUUUUCGAAUUUGUGUGUACACAUCAAUAAAUUUUUGUUUUUUUUUUUUUUUUGUGUUACAAUGACUAGAU